AUGUCUAUCACAAGCCCUUCACAACCCCAACCCCACGACAUCUUCCUCAUCAAUGAGCUCUUAGAAAACAUCCUUCUACACACAGACAUACGCACACUCCUCACAUCCGGCCAACGCGUAUGUCGAACAUGGAACAACAUGAUAAAGACAUCAGUCAAAGUCCAAGAAGCCCUCUUCUUCAAAGCACGCAAAUCCAAAGCCACAGAAAGCGUCCCACGCCAACGAAAUCCCCUCCUAGAAGAAAUCCUGUGGGCCCAAUUCUUCCUCAAGCAACAAGAAAACUCAGAAUCGGAAGCAGUCGAUGUCAGCAGAUUUCCAAUGCGAAAUAGCGAUCGCCAGAAAGCGAAAGCCUUCCUCCGACAAGAGGCAAGCUGGAAACAAAUGCUGCUCCAGCAACCUCCAAGCUCAUCUAUUGGAGUUUUGGAGAUUAUCAGACGGUCAGACUCAGAAUUCACGAAACUAAAUGUCAAUCCCGACAGCGACGUUCUGCGCAUGUGUCAUGUUUUGACUCUGUUGGAAGGACGCAGUACUCUCAUCCCAACACGCAACAAAUGGAUCCUAUGGAGCGGACGAUCUCGGAUUCGAAUGCCUCUCAAUUUCGAGAUUUGGGCGCCCAAAUGGGUUUAUGAGCCGGGUACACUGCAGCCCGUGCAAGAAUGGAUCCCAGAUAAUAUCGAUUGGGACAGUCUCCGGCUGGAGGUGGCGUCGAUGUAUUUAAAUGACUUUGAUUGUGAUUUGGUGAUUGUAUCGGAGAGGAGGCAGAAGCUGUUUCAGGGCGAAGAUCGAGUGCAUAAAGAGAGCAAAUUGGAUCGUCGACUUGGAGGGGUGUUUGGGGAGUGUGCGGUUGAAAUGGGGAGGAAGAAGGUAAAUCACUCUUUUAUUCCUAUUCAUGGGGUUGGGGUUGAUCGACGAUGGGUUCUUCGACCUUGUUCUGCUAUGCCACUUGUUCCGUGCUGUGGUUCAUGCUCGGAUUCGUCUUCUUCUCGUUCUUCACUUUCUUCUUCUUAG